UGGGGCGUUUUCGAUCAGUUGCAACAAGUUGCUCUGGCAGGCACACAGGCGUCUACUCCAUCGUGUUUCCAGUGGCAGGUGAUCACCGCGCGUUCAGCUCUAACCGCAGCUUGUGAAUGGGGAUGAUCACGACAGAGCCUUCAGACAUGACACAGGAGGAGUAGAAUAACGUAUUUGAACGAGCUCAGAUCUUUUAUUUUUUAUUUUUUAUUCUCUCUAAGAAGCGGGAAGUGAAUUUUUGGUAAAUUGAUAGAAGCGUGCUUUUGCCCGGUUGCGCGUCUCUGCGUGCGUAAUGCGCUCUGCCUAGAGCUUUUUGAUACUUGUUCUUUUUCUUUUUUUGAAUAUUGUUGCAUUGUAAAUAAUGGCACUCGCUAGAUUCAGCAAAAUUCUCCGGCUGCCCACUCUUGAAAUCAAAAAGAAAGUCAAGCAGUACGAGCACGUCCAUCGGGACAUCAAUCCUAACGACCUAUGGGAAAUUAUUGGCGAGCUGGGCGACGGUGCCUUUGGAAAAGUCUACAAGGCCAAGAACAAAGAGACAGGAGCUCUAGCUGCAGCCAAACAGAUCGAGACAAAAUGCGAGGAGGAGCUGGAGGACUACAUGGUCGAGAUUGACAUCCUGGCUAAAUGUGACCACCGCUAUAUUGUCAAGCUGCUUGAUGCAUUUUACCAUGACAACACAUUGUGGAUCAUGAUCGAGUUCUGCCCCGGAGGUGCUGUGGAUGCCACAAUGCUCGAGUUGGAUCGUGGGCUGACGGAGCCACAGAUUAAGGUGGUUUGUCGCCAGAUGCUGGAAGCUCUGAUCUACCUCCACAGCAUGAAGAUCAUUCACAGAGACCUGAAGGCCGGUAACAUCCUGCUCAUGCUGGAUGGAGAAAUCAAACUGGCUGAUUUUGGCGUAUCUGCAAAAAACAACAAAACCUUACAAAGAAGAGAUUCUUUCAUUGGAACGCCAUACUGGAUGGCCCCAGAGGUGGUCAUGUGCGAGACCAUGAAGGAUGCUCCGUAUGACUACAAAGCUGAUAUCUGGUCUCUGGGAAUCACUCUGAUCGAGCUUGCCCAGAUUGAACCUCCGCAUCAUGAGCUCAACCCCAUGAGGGUGCUGCUGAAGAUUGCCAAGUCAGAGCCUCCCACCCUGGAGCAGCCACACAAAUGGUCACGAGAGUUUAAAGAUUUCCUGAAGAAAGCGUUGGAUAAAAACCCAGAGACUCGUCCGACUGCGACGCAACUCCUGGAGCACCCAUUUGUGAAAUCCGUGAAGUCUAACCGUCCGCUGCUGGAGCUGGUGGCUGAGGCCAAGGCUGAAGUUAUGGAGGAAAUUGAGGACAAUAGAGAGGAAGGAGAGGAGGACGAUGCCAUUGAGCUUACUGUGUCUCCAGGCAAGGAGCCAUGCCAGACCAGUCAGACCAGUAUGGAAGGAGACCAGUCUGUGGACACCCCAAGCCCCACCACACCCUCCCCAACUACACCCUCCCCAACCACACCAAUACCUUUACCCAGGAAGGGGGCUGAGCCAAAUACACCAGCAGAGGAACAGCCAACCUCCAUCAUGGUGGUCCCUGUUCCCCUACCGCGGCAGAAUGUCCCUCCAAAAGAUACAGAGGAGUUGGGCAACAAACUGGCUGAUGAAGUCACUCUUGAGUCUGAGAAAUCUGAGAGUGAGGCCUCCACCAAGACUUCCAGCUCAGAUUCAGGCAUUGAGGAUGGGAAGAGUACCCCAACAUCGGAGGAAGAAAAGGUUGCGGAGACCCUAGAGACAGAAAAGCCACCAUCUCACCCCCAGCCAGUGGCAUCUGAGGAACAAGUUGACAUCAUCAUAGACUCUACAGACCCAGAGGUUCCAAAAAUCCAGACGACCAAGACGGAGAACAACAUUGUGGCUAAUGGAGGCUUACCAACUCCAAGCUCAAGCCCCACACCCACUCCAACUCCCUCUUCUGCUCAUACCCCAGUACCCUCACCCCGUUCUGGGCUCAAUGGUAGCCUAAACAAAGCUACCCGAGAUCGGACAUCGAUGGGAGGGAACACUGAGCCUGUCUCGCCUUAUAUCAAUGGAGGGAUUAUCAACAAUCGGUUCUCUUACUCAGGAAGCAUGGCAUCGGAGAGCAUGGACAUGUCAAUGUCCUCAAGGAACUUCUCGAGCAAGACUCUGAAACGAACCAGGAAGUUUGUUAUUGACGGCGUAGAGGUGAGCGUGACCACCUCCAAGAUCAUCAGGGAUGAUGAGAAGAAAGAUGAGGAGAUGAGAUUCCUGAGGCGUCAGGAGCUGCGUGAACUCCGUUUGAUGCAGAAGGAAGAGCACCGUGCUCAGGCUGUUCUGAACGCUAAGCUGGAGACACAGAGAGAACAAAUGCAGAGACGUUUUGACCAGGAGAUGAAUACCAAGAAGAAGCACUAUGAUAUGGAGCUGGAGAACCUGGAGAAGCACCAGAAGCAAACUAUUGAAAGGAUGGAGUCAGACCACAAUGUUAAACUCAAGGACGAGACCAAACGCAUCAAAUCAGAGCAGGAGCGUGAUCUGCACAAGUUCCAGGAUCAGUUAAAACAUAAGAAAAAGGAGGUAAAACAUUCUGUUGAUAAGCUGCCCAGAAGCCAGCGUAAAGACACCUUGAAGCAGAAGAUGAAUGAGUUCCAAGAAAUUAAGAUGAGAGAGGAGAGCAACUUCUUGGCAGCUCAGAAGAACCACCUGGACACGACGCUGGUAAGAAUCAUCUCCAACAACAAGAGAGAGAUCGCAGAUACAGAGAGGAAAUGUCUCAACAAGAAACACCACCUAAUCAGAGAGCGUGAAGCUACGAUAUGGGAUAUGGAGGAGAAGAACCUUUACGAGAGACACCAGUUAUUGAAGCAACAGCUGAAGGACCAGUACUUCCUCCAGAGGCACCAGCUUCUCAAAAAACAUGAGAAGGAGCAGGAACAGAUGCAGUGCUACAAUCAGCGAAUGAUUGAGAUUCUUAAAGCUCGGCAGCAGCAGGAGAAGAACCGGCUCCCAAAGAUCCAGCGCAGUGAGGCCAAGACCCGCAUGGCCAUGUUCAAGAAGAGCCUCCGUAUCAACUCAAUGGGCAGCCCGUCCGAGGACAGAGAGAAGAUCAAACAGUUUUCUUUGCAGGAAGAGAAGCGUCAGAAGGCAGAGAGGCUGCAUCAACAGCAGAAACACGAGAACCAGAUGAGAGAGAUGAUCGGCCAGUGCGAAAGCAAUAUCCGAGAGCUGCAGCAGCUCCAGAAUGAAAAAUGUCACCUGUUGAUUGAGAAUGAGACUCUGAGGCUCAAACAUCUGGAUGAACAACACAACCAGCUGCUGAAGGAAUGGAGGGAUCAGCUGAAACCCAGAAAGAAGGCCCUUGAAGAUGAGCUAAACAUGAAGAAAAUGGAGCAGGAGGCUUUCUUCAGGAUGACUGAGAAUUCUGAUUGUCCAAACCCAAGUUCUCCCAACAAAGUCUCCAAAUUUGUGCCUUACCAAGACUCUUCUACUACAUAAAAACAGCCGCUGUGACGUUCCACAACAUCUCUUGGCCACUGUUAGAACCAACUAAACAUAAACAUAAACAUAUACCCCACAUCGCACAUGCCUGUUGCCUCAGUUUUAAUUGGCUUUGCCUGCAGUGGCAGCAUACCUAUCCCUCCGUUAGGUUCCUUUGUUCCUUGUUUUAGUGAAUAUUUAUGUUUUAACUCCUGUUCUAAGGGUUUUCUUUAAAAAAAAAAGUUUAUUGUAGUAUUUGAUGGAUUUGAAACUCAUCAUGCGCUUCACGUGACUCAAUUACAUGGUAUCAGCUUCCACUCAGUGUUUUUAAUUUCCUUUUUUAUGUUCAAGUCUGCUUUUUUAUAUGCUCACCACUGAAGCAUGAGAUUCACAUGAUGGAGUGGCCAAACUAAAAUGAUCUGUCUUAAUGAGUAAAUAUAUUUAGGAAUUGGUUUGGAAGAAGUAGUUUGUGUUCACUUAGCACACAGCGAGGGAAUUUGUUUUGACAAGAGGAGUAACAAUGUUUUUCUAUGAAAGCUGGUGAGCCAGUAACUAAGCACUUUUUGUUUAUCCCAAAUUAUCAGUGCCGUCUUCCAAAUAUCAUGACCAAAAACACACCCAAGAUGUAAUGAUUUACCAACUUUUUUGUUUUUCAUUUCUUGACCUGUUUGACUUUUAUUUAUUAUUACCUAUAAAGAACAACAUUAAUCUAGAUUUAUCACUGUAAAUCCUCAUUUAAAUAUUUCCUUUCUCUUAACCAACACACACAAGGAUGUGCUUAUCAUUUUGUAUCAUGUUUCAAAUGGGGGUUAGAAUAAAUCCAGAUCAGAAUUUAAGUUUCUUUUUAAAUGAUUAUUUAGGAAUGCUAUUUUAACAGGCGAGGGAAGACUAACUGUUAUUCAUAAUGUGUUGCUAUUGUGAUAUGUUAUUUUUUUGUUGUAUUUUUACUGUAAAAUCAGUCACACUGGAUGGGAACUGACAAAGCCAAAGCAUAAAUACUGUCGUUUGAAGGAUGUUAGAUAAGGGGACUUAAAUUUUAAUAAAAAAAUAUAUAUUAAGUGUAUAAUUGUUAUACCAUGUGCAGUAAAUGCACUGCCUGCUAACCAAAGUGCAAUAUUACAUGUAUGUCUUUGCUAAGCUUAAAGAGGUUUAUUUUUCUUAAACUUUGCCUUCCUUUGCACUGAGAGGAGGAGUCACAUGAAGAGUUUAAUUCCAAACAUAGAUGUAUCAACCUUGUGAAAGAAACAUUGCUUAAAAUUGUCACAUCUUUAUAAGUUUUAGUACUUGGAAGCAAUAUUUUAAGGUUUGGAACAUGGCUCUGCAUAUUAUUUUUUAAGGGAGUACAACAAUUCAGUCUGCUGUAAAGAUGCCUCUAGAUAUUUAAUCUUAAACUGAAACCUAAGGUUGCAGCUGGAACUUGUUGAGUGAGAGCGUUUUUAGAGCAGUUUGGCCUGCAGAUUUACACUGAAUCAGGUCGGCAAUCAGGUACAGCUUAAUCUCCCUCUCACACACUCUCAAAGUAUUUAAAUUUGUUGUAAAACUGAUCUUUUCUGUCAUUUUUAAUGGCUCCAUCUAUGCCUUUCUCUCUGCCUCAGUUUACAUGAUAUUGUUUGUAUGGAGGGGUUGUGAGUGUGAAUGAAACUGUAUCAGAAGGAACCACUGUUGUAAAUAACUCUUAAUAAAGGCAGAUUUUCUAAUUA